UGAAGUGUGGUCAUGUGACGGGCUAGCGAGCCCAGGCGAAGCACAGCCACACGGUUACAUGAGACCGAAUGCCAGCUUCAUUGAAAAAGCUCUGUUAUCGAGAGUAGAGACAGGAGGGACAGACGUUUUCAGUUUGCAGACACAAAUAACAACACGCAGAAAGCUCUGGGGAACUCGGAGAAAGGGACAUUUUCACAGCCUCAAGAACCUCGGUAGGAGAAAGCAGAAGACACAUCGUUUUAAAAGAUAAAUCAAGCGCAGUGGACACAGCGGGAGUAGAUUAUUCAUUCCGAUAACUUCUAUAAGGGCAACUAAAAAAAAGACAAAACUACCUCUCCGCCGUUUCAUAUUUUUGUUUUAUUUUUCCUUUCGUUUACAUUUUUCUUAAUUUUAUCACCUGUCCUCAGAAAAGCAUACAACCAGACAGAGUUGAAUUGCAGUGCAGUAGUGCAGUGCGUAAAGAAAUUGAACGCAACACCAGGAGACAGAACAGCUCACCGCAUUUAGCCUACCAGAAAAAUACAGUAUAUAUAUAUAUAUAUUUUGUACCAUCCUUGGUUCUGUUUGGGGCUGAUUUUUGUAAAUUUUUUGGAAUAUGGUUGGGGAAAUGGAAACGAAGGAGAAACCGAAGCCUACCCCAGACUAUCUCAUGCAGCUCAUGAAUGAUAAGAAACUGAUGAGCAGCCUACCCAACUUCUGCGGAAUUUUUAACCACCUCGAACGGCUGCUUGAUGAAGAGAUCAGCCGUGUACGGAAGGACAUGUACAACGACACGCUAAACGGCAGCACAGAGAAGCGGAGCAGUGAGCUCCCAGACGCAGUGGGCCCCAUGGUGCAGCUCCAGGAGAAACUAUUUGUGCCUGUGAAAGAGUACCCCGAUUUUAACUUUGUGGGCCGUAUCCUGGGACCACGGGGGCUGACAGCCAAGCAGCUGGAGGCAGAGACAGGAUGUAAAAUCAUGGUGCGCGGAAAAGGCUCCAUGAGGGACAAGAAGAAGGAAGAGCAGAACCGCGGCAAACCCAACUGGGAACACCUCAACGAGGACCUGCAUGUCCUGAUCACAGUGGAGGACGCACAGAACCGCGCUGAGAUCAAGCUGAAGCGGGCUGUGGAGGAGGUCAACAAACUACUGGUGCCUGCGGCGGAGGGAGAGGACAGCCUGAAGAAGAUGCAGCUGAUGGAGCUGGCCAUCCUCAACGGCACCUACCGAGACGCCAACAUCAAGUCACCUGCCCUUGCCUUCUCUCUUGCAGCGAACGCCCAGGCGCCCCGCAUCAUCGCCGGCCCCGCCCCCAUGCCCCAGAACGCCCUGCGCACUUCCACCCCGGCCGGCCCCACCCUAAUGCCCCUGAUCCGACAGAUCCAGACCUGCAUGCCCAACGGCUCGCCCCACCCGGGCGUCAUGACCCAGGGUCCCGAGUCGGGCCUCAUAUACGCGUCGCCCUACGAUUACCCCUACACGCUGGCCCCUGCCACCUCCAUCCUGGAGUACCCCAUCGACUCCAGCGGGGUGUUAGCGUCCUCAAAGGCCGAAGAGCUGCCCCUCUACCUGGGGUUUCAGACCUGUCACUUUCCCAUCACUGUGCAGCGAGGAGAGCCCUGCAACCGGCCUCCCUUUUAAAGAAACGUCCCUUCCCUCCCUCUUUCCCUCCACCCCCUCAAACAACACACACCCACCUCCUCAUCCCCCCUCCUCCCUCCCCGCCACCACACGCUGGACUGGUUGAGGAUUGGCCCUCUCUGAGCAACCACAAGCCACAAGGGGAAGCCUCGGCCCUUCCUCUUUUAAUGUCUGUUCAAAGUGACGUGUGUGUUACUGAUCAACCCUUUUUGAUUUCCUGUCCUGAUGAUGAUGAUAUAUUUGUCUAUGAUGAUGAGGGAGAACUGAGCACCACCUUGCUGCAGACCCCCCUUGGGGGCGUCCCCCUCUCUCUGGGUGUGGCUUGGGGGCGUCCUGAGGGGUAACAUGAGGACGGUGAGGGGUCAUAUGGGGUCGACAGAGAGGGCUUGCGGAGCCAAUGGAGGAGAUGGUGUGUGUUGGCGAUGGGGCACCUGCAGUUAAAGUGUCUCGGCUUCACAGGCUUUAUUCACAAAGGGAUUUUAGGACAUUCUGUCCAGACACUGACAGUCUUAACUUCACUCUCAUGAAAAAUAUUCACAGAAUGAGACUUUCAGCUCAAGUGUAGCCCAAACGACAGUCAGUGAGUGAACAACAUAGCCCUUUUGUAUAACACAUUUUUGCAUUGACUCAAACGGAGUGUCCUAAAAUGGCUUCGGGAAUAGGGGCCUGGUAGUGUGUUGUUUCUCAAAGGACAGGAACUCCUGGCACUAAUUCACCGUUCCCUUCCUUUAUUCAAUAGGUGUGGCUUUCCCCACGAAAGGCUAAAAGAGUUUCACGGAUCCUUACUGAGCCCCUCAUCCGAUUUGAGUGUUGACACAUGUGCUUUUGUUUCACAGCUGCCUUGAGUGUAAUGAACCAAGAGCCGGGCAGACAGACAGGCAGACAGACAGACAGACAGGCAGACAGGCAGGCAGACAGGCAGACAGGCAGACAGACAGACAGACAGACAGACAGACAGACAGACAGACAGG